UUGGUCAAUAUCAGUGUGUUCUCUAAUCCACUGGUUUUCCAACACACACUGCAGAAAAGGAAAAAGGGUUCCUCAUACCAUUACUUCUUGCUUCCUUCAAUUUUCAUUACCAAAUUGAAUCUUUUUGUAGCGUCUAAAUCCUUGUAUUCUUUGUCUAUUCCUUUCAGAAUUUUCACAAUGGCAACAGCCUCAGUAACACUCUCACCAGCCAUGUUGAACACCACAGCCACAGUUGCUAAAUCUGUGAGGAAACCAGCAAACCAAGUCCACUAUAUUUCAGGGCUCAACUCAUUUUCUGGACUCAAAGCUCACAACACUGUUGCCUCUCUUGGUCUUCCUCAGUGCACUGACCAGUCCUUUGCCAACAUAGUGAGCUCCUUGAGAGCUCCUUCACAGAACCGAGGCAGAGGUGGAGGUGCACUCUCAUCUACCUGCAAUGCAAUUGGUGAGAUUUUCAAGAUUGCAGCAAUCAUGAAUGGACUCACUCUUGUUGGAGUUGCAGUGGGAUUCGUUCUUCUUCGAAUCGAAGCCUUCGUGGAGGAGUCAGCUGAGUGAGAAUUCUCAGAGACCCUUUAGUUGGUUUUAUCAGUUGUUUAUCAAGAUUCUAUCUGUGUAUUAUUUCAUUUUCAUGUGAUGUAACAAAGGCUUUAUAUUUUCUUCUUCUGGUAAACUGAGUUGGAUAUCUCAGACAAA